AUGGAGUCAGGAGGCAGCCUGGGUGUUGUUGUCUUCUUCUGGGUGCUGGUUGAAGCAACAUCUUACAGCCCCUGGGGUUUCCCUCAAAGGGACUUGGGGGUCUUGAGGGGUAGGGGGGACUCCUCUUGGAGCUGGCCACGUGUGCCUUCCUUCUCCCAGUCUUCUCCUUGGGCAUGGGUAGAUGUUUCCCAGCUCCAGGCUGCAGCCCCACUGCACCCCGUGGCCGUGCAGUGCCAGGAGGCCCAGGUGGUGGUCAUGGUCCACAGGGACCUCUUUGGCACGGGACGUUUGGUCAGGGCUGCAGAGCUGAGCCUGGGCUCUGCUGCCUGCCCACCUGUGGCCCAGAGCACUGCUGAGACCACCACGGUGACCUUCAUGGCUGGGCUGCACCAGUGUGGCAGCACCUUGCAGAUGACCCCAGACUCCUUGAUCUACAAAACAAGCUUGUCCUACAAACCUGCUCCUUCUGGCAACCUGGCCAUUGUAAGGACCAACGCAGCGGUGGUUCCUAUCGAGUGUCACUAUCCCAGGAAGAGCAACGUGAGCAGCCAGGCCCUCCAGCCCACGUGGGCACCUUUCCACUCCAUGCUGUCGGUGGAGGAGAAGCUGAUGUUCUCCCUGCGCCUCAUGAACGAUGAUUGGAGCACUGAGAGGUUCUCCAAUGGCUUCCAGCUGGGGGAAAGGCUCCACAUCCAGGCUGAUGUUGCUUCUGGGGGUCAUGUACCUCUGAGGCUCUUCGUGGAUGACUGUGUUGCUACUCUGAGUCCAGACAGGAGCUCCUCGCCCCGAUACGCCUUGGUUGACCUCAGCGGGUGCUUGGUGGAUGGGAGAUCAGAUGACACCACUUCAGCCUUCAUCUCUCCCAGGCCGAGGCAGGAAACGCUGCAGUUUGUGGUUGAUGCCUUCAAGUUUGCAGGAGAUGACAGAGCCCUGAUCUACAUCACCUGCCACCUGAAGGUCUCCCCAGCUGACCAAGCCCCAGACCCAUUGAACAAGGCCUGUUCCUUCAACAAAGCCAGCAGCCUUUGGGCUCCUGUGGAGGGUACUGGAGACAUCUGCAGCUGCUGUGAGACUGGCAGUUGUCCACUGUAUGGAGGAUACUCCCAGAGAAUCAACCCUCCAGCCCGUCGGCCAGGGAGACGUUUGAGGAGAGACCUCCCUUCCAAGCAAGGUGGGUCCCCAAAGGCAGCAGAGGCUGAAGUCUCACUUGGGCCACUCUUCAUCCUUGAUCCAGCCCAGGGAUUUGGGAGAUCCCCAGGAGGUCUUGCACCAGCAGAGAAGACCCCACAGGGUGCUGCUGAGGGACUUCCUAUGGUGGCCCAAGUUGUCCUGCUGACAGUGGCCAUUGUGCUGAGCUUCAUUGCUCUUGGACUGUUUCUUGUGUGCCAAAAAAUGUAG